AUGCCUACAACCGCAUCGAAUGCAGCACAAGCCGCCAGCUCAAGCCUGAUGACCUCUUUUCACUGGGACACUGAAAACAUUUCAAAAAGACAUUCCUACGUCGACCCCAAAACAAGGUUCCGAGUUGGCUCACGCUGUGCCUGGUACCCAACAGAGUACUUCGAGGAUCACGUGUGGACAGGAUUCCUCCUUCCAAAGCUCUCGAACGUGUUCAACAGGAACCAAAAGGAAAUCUUUGGCUCACGACGCAAGCCGUUCGCAGAGAUCAAAUGCUACAUGACAAGUGGAUCAACGGAAUGGAAGGCAAGCAGACCAAGUGUCGUCGCGUCGAGCGAGAAACCUAAAAUCGCCCAAAAGAUCAUCUCAGUACUGUCAAAGAACCCCAUCAUCUCUCGACUCGGUUCCGGCUUCGACUUCUAUGCUGACCCAGACCCAGCCGAUACCAAACUAAGCGCCUCGACUACAACGCUCUACCCGCCAGAACUUGGAGCCACAGCAUCCAGUUUGUGUGGCAUCAGAAUCCUGAUCGCGCCCCAACCUGGAAGCGGCUCGUUAAAGUGGACGCAUGCUACGCUUGGUGGUCUAGUUCAGAUCGACAAUACUGUUUACGGCCUUACUGCUGCCCAUGUCUUUUCAGGUGAUACCGACUCGGGAAGCUAUUCCACAGAGAAUAGCGAGAGCGAGCAGAAUGAUUCUUCUCGGACCUCAUUCGCGCUCACCAAUUCAGCGGCCUCGGUGUAUUCUAGCACCUACCUGUCCCAGGGCACGACGGUGUAUAUUGACCCUGCCAAAUACACACGGACUAUCGACGACGGUGAUGUAUGUGAAGUACUCGAAGACGGAGACAGCCCCAACGUGCAAGGAGCACUCGUGCUUGGAGAGCUAUAUGGAACUGGUUCACAGGGCCCUUGGCUUAGCACCAGUAGAGAUUGGGCUCUCAUCAAGAUAUCAGACCCGAAGUACCACUUACCCAAUACUUUACAGUUCAACGGAAGGACAAUAGAAUGCUCUAGCAUCGCAACGAGUUUAACGCGUGGGCAGGUUGCAGUCGCCUCGGGCUUCACAGGGGUACGCUUAGCAGGAAGUUCGGGAAGGACAAGGGGCGUGCUUAUCCCUGGAGCGCCGGAAAUGAUAGCCUUGUGGACUAUUGACGGUAGCAGUUUGCCGGGCGAUUGCGGUAGCUGGGUGAUAGACCUUACCAGCGGUCAAGUCUAUGGUAUGCUACUGGCAUCCUCAAAGGAGCAGAACUGCUCUUAUUGCUUGUCGAUGUCGGAAAUCUUCGACAGCAUCACUUCUACUCUCGGAGUAAAUCAGCCGACCAUAUUUGAUCCCAGGGAGCAGCACCUCGGUUUGGCUGGGCUCGUUAGACCCAGUAUCACAGAUGCGCCGGCACCGACGCAGAAUUCAGGCCCGGCUGGAAAUACAUCCGCCCAAGAAGCAUUUUGCGGAAAGCAGGCCACUACUGACCACUACCAGUCCACUACCGAUAAGCCUGUCGUGGAACCACUGUUACCACGCGUCACUAUCACCAUGCCCGACACCACCAAAGAGCACGAUGAGCCAGCUAUAGUCAGCGAAGAAGGUACCCCUUCCUUGCCAGUGGCUUACGAUCCUGAUGAUGGGACUUUACUCAAGGCUGUCCAAUGUGGGGCCUCUCGCUACGAGCUUCCAACUACAAAGGUCGACAAGUCCGUGGCCCAGAAACUAGGCUACGAAAUAUGGCAAGGACAAUUCUCAAGUAUUGUCGAGACAUACGGCAAGGAGUUCAGUUUCAUUCAGCUUGUCCAGGAAAGUCGACUACAAAGCCGCAUCGUGUGCGCUCCAAACGCGUCUCUCGAGAGCAUACCUGAGAAUGAUGGAAAGAAACUCCCUUUGGGUGCAGGCACAACCGGCACCGAGGAAGUCACCGAAGGUUUCCCCAGCCCUGGAGGGCCUAGUGAAGAUAUAGCCUUUAGACUGGCGCAGGAGCUCGAACAUGACGAUGAGGUUGGCCCAUACCGAGUAGAUCCUGCUAAAACAUGGGAUCCUGAUCUAUCGCAGAUUGAGAGAGCCUCUCCACUGAGUAAGGCGCUUUUGCACAGAUCACAAACUCGGGCCAGCCAGGAAGACAACGCAACCAGAGUGGUCGACAUUCAAGCAAACGACGGCACUGAUCUUGAAGACCAGGGGCUUGAAGAGAGAGUAGCGAAGUCAAAGGACAAGGAAUGGUACUACCUCAGUCCUUCACAGGGAACAUCGCGGAGUGGCUAUGUCAAAGCAGCACGUCGAGAACGAGGCCGGCCGCGGUCCCCACCGAGACGCAGGACUAGAGGGACAGGUGAGACGGUGGUCCUUUGGCAAGACGAACAAGACAGGGACAAUCGACGAGACUUUGAUCGUGAAGGGGUCACGACCCGACGACAAAACAGCGUUGAGAGAACUCGGGGCGGCGGAGUGCAGCGCUGGGACUCGGAUUAUGGCAACGCAAGGCCUGGCUAUACCACUCUGAGAAGAGAUGUUGGAAAUGAUGAUGCGAGGAACAUCAGAAGCGAGUCAUUUGCCUCGAGGAGAACAGAUAAGACUGAAGACAUCUCUGUGACUCGGAGCGAGAGCAUUCCCAGAGCAAUGACGCACGAUUGGACCUUGUGGGACUCUGACACCAAUGUCGCUGUUGUUCGAAACCGCAAUGGGCCUGGCAGUCCAGCAGAGGAGCUGAACAAGAACGGUAUCAACCGCUCGGAAGCGACGCGAGCUGAGCCAAGAACGGCGUACCGCCAUUUGGAGGCUGCCCAUUACCCAAGUGGGCUAUCUGCGGAGGAGCAGCGCAUGCUGCAGGAAGACAUCGAUGAUCGAAGAGGUGGACAUUCCCCACGACAUUACUAUGAUGGGCUCGAAUCUACUGAUCACAACAAAUUCUCUUCUCAACAAGAAAAGCCUGCGCAGCAUAACAGUCGCAAGCUUGCAGGGUCGGCCUACGCCUCUGGAUCUGAAGAUAACGCACCUCGUGGCUGGAGUUACAUACCAGCUACCACAAAUUCAGGCGAGGAUUCUGAUCGGCAAAACUCGGCCGGUCGUGUGCAGCAGUCUUUUUACAACCCUCCAAGCGCGAGGUCCAGCUUCGCUCAUGAUGGGCCACCAACCGUUGAGCCGGAGCCCAUAUCAGGCUUCGAGUCGAAAGAAAGUCUUGCAUCCGGAGAUGAGGUAAACAGACAACGCCCAAGGAGAGGCACCACAACAAUACCUAAAAGGCUCGUUAGAACCAAGGUGCUGGAUGAGGUGGGGUACAACUAUGUGGAAAUAAAUAGUGAGACGAUCCUGAUUAAGCAUGCUCUGGAGCCGGAAGACAUCGACGAAGUCCUCUCCUUAUCGAACGGGCCACUUUCGAAUAAGUCCGUCCAAGAGGGUAGACCUGACACCCAAUUCGCUCGACGCGAUAGAUCCAGUGGGGAAUUGCCGGCGACACGACCAAUUACCCCUCGUCAUGAACGAAUUCUGCGAAGUCACCGCGACCUACUGGAGGAGUACCGCCGGGCUGAGAAGCGUUUGUUGUUCAAGUGCCAGAUCCAGCAGAUAUUCCUUGAAGGGGAACUCCCGGCUACACCAAGAAUUGGACGCAUCAUGCAACACUAUGAUGAGCAUCUUGGGCCGGUUGGAGGAGACCGUAUUGUGGUGGAAGCGUUGAAGGAAGAUGGAGUUCCCGUCUACCCAAAGCCGGCACGACGAGAGCCCGAGUACACAGACACGACUGAAACAGAUGGUGAGAAUGGUCGAACCACGCUCAACGAUUUGGUCGACAAACUCACCAAUGAACUCCGUCGACUUGGACUCCGGAACAACAAAACGACCGUCGAAGGCGUAGAGCUAGCUGAUGAUAAAACAGCAGCAACGAGCGUUCGUCAUGCUGAAAACCGAGAGCCGUAUCGUUCGGCGCAGCAGCAAAGCCCACCAGGUGUGUCAUCAAAGAUCGAACCCAGCAAUGUGUGGAAUCUUGGCGAUGAGGAAGAGUAUAAACAACUUCAGCAGAAAUAUCGGGCUAUAGCCAUCACCCGAGGACUCAGUUUGGGUCAAAUUGACACGAUAUUGAGCAAGAUUGAUAAGACUCCCGGCCUAGAGGCAGAGGAGUACAACAAGUUUUCACAGCUACAGGCCCUGCGAAAUUUGCUGAUUGAUUUGCCGACAGUGACGGAACAAAAGGAGGUGAGAUGGUGGAACCCACCAGCCAGCAGUCGUCCUGUAUUCGUUGGAGAGGACGAGAGCUAUCGUUCCGAGGAAAUGGCGCCGCUGCCAGAAAGGGGCAUUCCAAGAGGACAGUCUAGACUUGAUACUCCUGACCAUCGUUCAAGGGACAGGACGACCAAGUACACGAGAUAAGCUGUGACAGUGGCCGCACAAUGAGACAGGACGACAAGGUGACUCUGCUUGACGAUGACGGCUUCAUCAAAUUGUACAGAAAAGUCUUCAAGAAUCGACCAAUAGGCAUGAUGGGACACAGCCAGCGCAAAUCAUGGGCACUUUCGUUAAGCUGCCAAGAGCUUUUUUCAGGGUCGGGUAGCCUAAACCUACAGUACCUUAAGUUAGUGAGUCAAACACAUCUUGAC